AUGGCUGUUUGGACGAAGCAACGGUAUAUCACAGUACACGACGGGAGCAGCUGCGGGGAACAGACACACCCUCGCCGCCACCACUAUCCUUCGCGGAACUCCGUAGCUGGCUUCCACCAGCGACACCACCGCCAUCAUGCACCGUCAGUGGAGCCUUGUGCCCGAUAUUGUGGUGCGGCUCGGUCGCCGGGACGUCGUGGUAAGUCGCGAACGUGCGAUAAGGCAACGUUGCCGCCGUCGCGCUCUUCUACACCCUUGAGAGCUACGAGGGCGCACGAUGCCACUUGCCGCUCGCCGUAUUCGCUGGACAAGGCUCAGAUGCUGGACGCUGUGCUGGCUCUUUCAUCGGCUCUUUACGAGGACGAGGCCGCCGCGACGACGGUCCGCGUCGAUGAUGCCAAGGCGUCGAGUAAUGCACCCGACCACCCCGUCUCCUCUUCACGUGUGUCCCCUGUGACGUCGUUCGGUGCUCUUGGUGAACUGGAAGGGGUGACGGUGACUCCGGAGAAUGCGUAUGCGUCUCUCGACGCGGAGGACUUAAUGACGUCCAUGGACGCGUGCGCUGAGGGAUGUGGUGACAAGCCGGACGUGCCUGCAGUGCGAAUCGAUUUCGCUACCAACGCCCCGGCGCCUUCUCUCUCGAGUGCCGUUGUCGCGCAGCCUUCGAGUACGGGCACGACCUCUUCCUCCAUCGUGGCUACCUUCGCCGCCCGUGACGUCCCGCUCGAGCGCAAGGUGCUCCAGUUUAUGGACUUGUGCAGCAAUGCGAGUGCGACGCCACAUCUAAGCGGCGACCACAGCAAUGCGGCUUCGCAGCUGCCUUGGAAUGGCGGAGCGGGAGUGCGAGUUGGCGUCAGUAGGAGGGAUUGCACCACUUCUUCCGCUGCCACCGCAUGGUCUUCGUCCGCUGCUGCAGCGCUGGUACUGCCGGGGCUGGACAUGAAGGCCAUCCUGGUACAUGGCGUGCUGGAGAAUCGUCAUCUGCGUGGCCUCUCUCUCGCUCGGUGUGACUUUUCGCUGGUACGGUGGUCCCACGUGACGCUGGAGGACUGCGACCUGUCGCGCAGCCUCUUCUACGGAGCGGAGCUGGACACCGUGAUUUUUCGUCGCUGCAAUUUCACAGGCUGCAUCCUCAAAGGCGUCCAGUGCCGCCCAUCGCUGUCCACCACGACCCGCUUUGAGGAUUGCGAUUUCCGCCUUGCCGCCGUUGGGGUAACGUGCAUCCCCCAUGACUCGAAGCAUGCGGACAAAGACGCCAAUCAAGGCCAGGGCAUCACCGCCAGCAGCAGCCGUCGUAGCGGCCCAUCGGUGUGUUUCCUUCGUUGCAACUUCGACCUCAGCGACUUUCAGUUCAGCCAAGGCCUUGACAAGGCCAAGUUUGUGAAGUGCAGCAACACGCGUUUGGCCUCGCGCUUCCCUCUCCGUGCUCGUGGAGGCGUAGGCUGA